AUGACCGACAAUACAACACCCACUCACGUUCGCCUUGCUGAUUCUCCUUACCUCCAAGAUGAGUUAGCAGAUGUUCCCCAGGAGAGUGUCAACGGUGGACCAUCUGAACGCUACCACAAGAGCAACGGUGACAAAGCAAUCGACUUGAUGGCCAUGGGAAUUGGUCUGAAAACAGGUGACGGACGUGAGGUAGGCAAUACUGAUGUUGAACCAUACGCAUCAAUGAAAUUUAGGAAGAAGGUAGUUGCCACACAGCGGAAUCUUGUUGAGGAAAUCAAGCGUCGUUGCAAGGUUGACGCCCUGAAGCAGCCAACAUGUACUUACUGGAACAGAAAGAAGUGUGUCGAGUGGUUGCAGAAGAAUCCAGUUUCCCAUACUGGAGAUAGGGCAUACAUCCUGAUGGAAGAAAAGAAGCUGUAUGACUUGCUGGUCAAAGCGGCAAACGAGAAGGAAGACAAGAAAGAAAAGGCUUCCCCGUGGAAUCACCCAGAGCCAUACAUACGCUUAAUUGAGUGCAUGCUGGAUGAGACCAAUCGCGAGAAGUUUCUGGCCAUGUACAACGUUGCAGAAAGGGAUGAGUUAGAUGCUCGCAACUCAGAAGACAGGCCCGAGACAAUCUAUGAAGCAGCUGCUAGGUUGUACAACGACGAAUCUCACCUUGUUCUCUCUCGAUGCUUGCCGGACCUUCAUUCCACGUUCUCAGAUGUCUUGGAGUGUUCCCUUAACAACGACCAUGUACCAUCGCCGAUUACUCCUGAAGAUGUCCAAAGGCGCUGGGGUGACUGCCGUGCAAAGUUGAUCAAGAUCAUUGCCAAGUGGGAGCUCAGUGGAAACGGAUUUGGCCAGAGACAUGAAGGAGAUGAUGAGUUUGGCCACCUUGGCGAAGACGAACUCCAGUGUGGUGACAACAGAGCCAACUUUCUCGACUCUCAAACCAAGGAACACAUUCUCUACCUUUGGCACAUCGCUGAUCAGGAGGAGGUACUCAAGCAUGUGAUGGCUGUGAUCGCAGAGAGUUCUAGUGCCACAUCAACAAGCUGUGCUUCUGUUGCAGGGUCGGAUGCAUCUGCUUCGGCAAGGAAGCGCCGCAAGGAAGAUAGAGAACUGGCUUUCUUUCGAGCGAAGAUGGGACUUGCCAUGACCAGUAUGUCCCGUGCUGCUCUCUUCAAGGAACUUCGUGAACUUCAAGAUAAGGAAAUGGAUUACCAGAUCAAACUCCUCGAAGCCUCCAGCAGCAAAAUGAUUGACAUUUACUCGAAGCGUGUCAAAGUGUUGGCUGGGCAGAUUGACAUUUGCCAGGAGACGAUCGAUGAAAUGGAUAAAGAACCACCCAAGAAGAAGAAGAAAUCCAACAAGAAGAAGAGCAUCUACAUCGACAGUGAUGAUGACAGUGAUGAUGGUGAUGAGGAAGAUUAA